GGUUGGAAAUGUGCCUUGUUCCAAAUGCUGUAGAUGAAUGCACCUCACCACCGUUCAGGGUGCUUUGCCCUUUGGAAAGUAUUUCAAGUGGAUUCUGUCCAUACACUGAACGGGAGCUUUUCAUUGUUUCUGAGAAGGGCAAAGGGGCUGAUCUGAGCAAGCCACCGUGCCGGAAAGCAAAGGACAUACGAAAGGAAAGAAAACUACAGAAACUCCUCCAGAACCAGAUAUGCACAUCUGAAGGCUCUACACCUCAAGCAAGAGAUCAGGAUUUCCUCUUGCAAAACUCUAAAUCUAAACCAAACCAACCGAAAACCAUUGAGGACUUCAUUUUUGUCUCUUUACCUGAUGAUGCACCACACAAAUUAGAGGUGAGGGUGGUGAGAUCAUCUCCACCAAGUUCACAGUUCAAAGCCACAUUUCAGGAGUCUUACCAGGUCUAUAAACGUUACCAGAUGGUUAUUCACAAGGACCCACCUGAUAAACCAACCAUAAAUCAGUUCACGCGAUUCCUCUGUGAUUCUCCGCUGGAGGCAGAGAAUGCCCCCACCGGACCAGAAUGUGGCUAUGGGUCUUUUCACCAGCAGUAUUGGUUGGAUGGGAAGAUAAUUGCUGUUGGUGUAAUUGAUAUCCUGCCCUACUGUGUGUCCUCUGUCUAUCUGUACUAUGAUCCAGACUACUCCUUCUUAUCUUUGGGAGUCUACUCUGCAUUACGUGAAAUUGCUUUUACUAGGCAACUUCAUGAAAAAGCUCCUGAUCUCUGUUUUUAUUAUAUGGGUUUCUACAUUCAUUCAUGCCCCAAAAUGAGAUACAAGGGUCAGUACCGGCCUUCUGAUUUGCUGUGUCCAGAGACAUACAGCUGGACGCCUAUUGAGCAAUGCCUACCCCUGCUUGAGCAUUCAAAAUACUGUCGAUUCAACCAGGACGUCAAAGCGGAUGACAAAGGUAGGAGGAAGGAGGGAAAUAGGUUUGGAGGCCAGUGGUGUUCAGGAUAUGCUUGUUAUUCGGAAAGAAAAGUGCAUUCAUUUAAGUGCAAAGAUGACAACUAA